CUUUUUUCCCAGGCCUCAGAUAAGAGUUCUAAAAGCUUUAAUACAUUCCUUUCCUUGUUUCUUAUACCUAGAACUAGUUUUGUUAACAAAUAGGACACUUUUCGGCUUAAUGGCUCCGCUGAUGACACUUCACGUCUAAACCGUUGUAGCUGAAUGGAGGCACCCAAAUCCCAAACAAAUAAGAAACAACGUGUAGAGAAAGAAAUAGAUGCGGAGGUCGCGAACGCGGCUAGUCGGCCGCCGGUGGAAGGCGAACAGCAGCGGGUCCUGUGCUCCAAGGGAUGUGGGACAUGGCUGCUUGCUGGCUUGAGCAAGUAUCACUUGAACGAGCACUACCGCAGCGAGCGCUGUCAGACAAGUAGGCCCGUGCCCCGACGAAACACGCUGCAUAACUUCUAUGAGCGGCAGCAGCAGCAGCCAGCCGAGGCGGCAAAACCGGCGACCGUGCAUCCACCACAACCAGCUCUGCCGCCUGAUGGACCGGAAGAGGAGCCGCAGCAUGUGCUGGAACCAGCGCAGCAGCUCCGAGGGCUGCUUGCCGUCGACGAUGGCGUCCAUAACCUGGUGUCAUCGGAUGAAGAGGACGAAGGGCGCCCAGAAGGGCUUCCAGCAUGGCUGCCACUCAGCCGACCCCAGCAGCACGCGCACCUGUUCAAGCUCAGGAUUCGGUAACUGUGGAGCGCCUAGCCAGUUCCUUGUUGGCAGGCACAUCCGGACGCGAGCAGCCGCUGGUUCCGGGCACCAGGUGCCGUGGCUACACCCCUCGGGUGCCUGCGCCGUUUUCCUGCAAUUGGGCAUUCCAGCGGCACUCCAUUGAGGGCGCUCCCUUCGUCUCCACUACAUGUGGCUUGGUCUCAUUGCAGUGUACGGGUGUCGCAGCACCUGGGGGCUCCCCUUGCAAGCCCUGCAGUGACUUGGAGCACUGUGGAGCUGUCAAGCGCUGGGUGAAGGCCGCCAACGAUCCCUUACUGCACAAGGGCAGCGCCAAUUACACGUAUCUGACACACUCCCAGGUCGUGGCCCGUGCCCAGCAUCACCGUGGCCUGCGUGACGAUGUCCGCUUGCAGCACUUUAAUGAUGAGCGUCAUUGCGCAGCCAUAACUCGACAGCUUGGCAACCAUAAGCGGUUCCUGCUAGCCGUGAGCGAGGGCAACAUCCCCAGGCUACAUGCCCUUGUGCGUACGGCCCUGCGGCACGGCAACGGGCUCAACGCCAUCAUGGCGAAAAUCGGCGAGAGCUUGGAGGGCACUUACAGUGCGAAAGGCUAUCAGAACGAGCCUGAUGCUGUCGACAUGGCUUGCCUGGUCCUGCACAUUGGUGGCCCGCUUCUGCUGUCGGCCAUGCACAAGGCCAACCUCCUGCCCAGCGUGUCAUGGGUCCUCCACCAGCACAAGGCGCCCAAGAUGCGUGGCUUCAUCGCUGGGCACGACCUGGAGGAGACCGUCGCCUACAACCUGAAGUCGAUGGUGCUAUCCAUGGGCGGCAAGGCCGCGGGGUGCGCAUGGCAUCUGAUGGCGGACGAGCUGGCAGUGGAGUGCAAGCCCCAGUACGACCCCAAGACCAACACCGUCGUGAACCUUUGCUUGGAGCAUGGAGAGGCGGCAUGCGGUUGUGUAACCGUUAACAGCAUUGAUGACCUAUAUCAGCUGCGGUCUCUGCUGGGUUCUGGGGCUGUUCACCUUGCCCGGGAGGCGCUGGUCUUUAUGGUCGCGCCCUACCGCUCAACCAGCUAUAGCGCCAUCCCCAUAUCGUACUUUGGGUCGUGCAAGGCGAUGUCAGUGGAUCUGCAGGUGCGCCUUAUCCAAGCGCACCUCUACGUCUGGGAGGCAGCACGGCUUCGUGGAGAGGUUGGGCCCCUAUACAACUUCGACAGCGAUGGGGCACCGCAGCGCAGGCAGGCGAUGGAGAAGAUCUUCGCAGACCAGUUUCCGCAUGGUGACAUGCUGUGGCCUCUGCUUCAGCGCAUGCCACUGCUCGAUAGACGCUGCAAGAGCGGCACGCUCGUGACGGACGCGUUCGACCUCAAGCACCUGCUAAAGCGCCUACGCACUGCCAUCAUCAGCACGUCCCGGGAGGGGGUCUGGCUGCUUGGCGAGCAUGUUAAGCGGGAGGACGUGCAGCGGGUCCUGCUUGCCCUAAAGGUGCCGCGGGUGGGUGAGCUCCUAAACCCAGAGGACAAGCAGAACGUGGGAGCUGCAGUCCAGCUGCUGCAGGCCAUCGCAUCACUCCAGCAGCAUACCAGUGUCGCCAGCCUACCCGCUGGCAUGCAGCCUAUCCUAGUGCGCCUUCGCUUGCUCGGGCGCAUGCUACAGGGCUUAAUUGCCCCUAUCGUGGAGCUGGGUGCAACUCUCAGUGAGCUGCUGGUGGGGCUCAGCCGAUCAGCUCACAUCGCCUACGUGCUCUUCCGCAAGGCGCCCAGCACCAACGCUUUCCUGCCCAGCGUCCUGUAUCACGACAUACAGGCGUUCGUCCAGACCGCCUUCUUCAACGUGCUGAAGCUGCAGCGCGACUUCCCCGAUGGCGACCAGGAGUACCACCUUCACCAGCAGGGCACGGACCCGCAGGAGCGCACGCAUGGUGACACCCGCACUAUCAGCCACAACCGCAACUUCACCGUCGUGGAACUGGGCCCUGCAUUCGCAAGCGGCCGGCACGUGCGUGCUAUCUUCGAGGAGCACCCCGAGUGGGACCGCAGCGGCAAGCGCCUGAAAGCUACAGAUGACCACGUCAAUCCCCGGAGUUGGCAGGGCAGCGUACUGGUCACCGCAGACAUGGACGUGCCGCGGCUAUACACCCAGGGCCAGGAGGAGACGGUCCAUAUUAUGACAGUGGAGGGAUUUGCUGGCGAGGGGAGGCAGGUGGGGCUUGGCGAUUUGGACUUCGCAGCGCAUGACAGAGCUGGCUGCUCUCUCCGCCGCCCCAAAGGCAGCUUGGUGGGGGUUUCAGCAGCUGAGGCAGUCGUGGAGGAGGAGGUUGCCAGCCCCUCAGCGGCCGGCGUUGCUGCUGACGGGGGUGCGCCAGCCACGCAGGAGACAGACCCCGUAGCGCUCGAGUACACUGCUAUGCAGGAUGCAGACCAGGAGCUGCCGCAGGUGAUAGCGGAGGCCAUGAUACCUCCUGAGCGGCGCAAACUCACCGUGGAUGGCAAGGAGGUGCAUAAGUCCACGGCAGUGCGGAUAUUGCUUGACCAGUCCAUGUCAGAUCCCGCUUCCAACGACCGCUUAAAGCGUGUUGCAGAGGUCCCAAGGACGCAUGCACGGGCGCGUUCGACUGCGGAGUUCUACGAGGCUGCCAUGCUCAUGUCACGGGACGUCUAUGCCGUGGUUGUGAGCUGUGGCGGUGUACCCUCCUUGGCCUUGCUGCGUGCCGACAAGCUGGAGAUGCCGAAGCAGUCGGGCGGGCACUUUCGGGUGGCAGAGCUUACUGUAGAGCAGCUGGCCCUGCCGAACGCACGUGUAACAGGUGCGAUCCUCAUCAUGCAGUACCAACCCGCUCCAGCACAGCCGGCAGCAGGCCCAGGUGGCACGGCAGCACAGCCGGCAGCAGGCCCAGGUGGCACGGCAGCACAGCCGGCAGCAGGCCCAGGUGGCACGGCAGCACAGCCGGCAGCAGGCCCAGGUGGCGCGGCAGCACAGCCGGCAGCAGGCCCAGGUGGCACGGCAGCACAGCCGGCAGCAGGCCCAGGUGGCGCGGCAGCACAGCCGGCAGCAGGCCCAGGUGGCACGGCAGCACAGCCGGCAGCAGGCCCAGGUGGCACGGCAGCACAGCCGGCAGCAGGCCCAGGUGGCACGGCAGCACAGCCGGCUGCAGGCCCAGGUGGCACGGCAGCAAACUUGACAGCGGAGGUAGAGGCAGGUGGUGCAGCUGGUGCAGUGGCUGACCCAGAUAGUGCCUGCGUUCCUACCAGCACUGCACGCUUCAUUUGGCACGGUGCUGUCGGAAGCACUCUGACAGUGCCAGCCACGCGAGUGCUCCUGCUUGAUCCUGACGUGUUGCUGCAACCUGACAGUGGUGCUUUGCUUAGCAUGGCGGAGGAGGACCUAGCUACCGUACUUGCCGCAGGCUCAGCGUCAGCGGUCACUGCACAGCUGCCACGGGUUACUGACACAGACACCUUUCCAUACCGGUCUCAUGACACUGGCUGGCCGCUCUGCAGCGGUGUGCCCAACAUCAGCGCUUCACGGCUGGAUGAAGGUGGCACCAGUGGUGCGGCAGCUGCGUCACAGGGUCUCGCAUGCACGGUGCCGGGGUGCAGGCGCAGCUUCCCACUUGCACAUAUGCGGCAGCAUGUGGGAGCACACGUCUUGCUUGGCACAUGCGGCCCCUCUGCUGGCCCUGAGGCGUCAAUCUGUGGCUUUUGCGGAAGCUCGGAUGGAAAGUGCAACGUCAGCCUGGUGCAGGGCAGCCAGAAGGACGUCACAAAGGUGAUGUCCGAUUGUCCGCUCUUCUACAAAGGGAUGUCGUACAAGUCAGCGCAGAAGUCCAGCUUGACUGCGCCGUGCACCAACGUGCCCGUUGUGUGCACGGCAUGUGCAGCCAAUCGUGUCACGAAGGUUGUGUGGAGCUACAGCUACCUGGAUCACCUGCAGCACGCCCAUGGAGCGGAUCAGCUGACGGAGGCGGCCGUGCAGCAGUACGCAGUUAGCAGUGAGGAGUUCCAUGCUGUUCUCCAGCGUGACAGGAUGGGUCAAAAGGCUGAGGACCGCAUAACAGCGCUUAAAGCAGCGGCGGCUGCGGAUGGGGUUACCACUUCGCGGUUUUGGGGGAAGGUGUUGCAGCACGGCGCCGACAGCGGCAACGGGGGUACCAGCAGCAGCGGAGGGGGGCAUGGGAUGGG